AUGUCCUGGACGCAAAAACAGUUUACCCUGCCCGCAAAGAGCAGAGGCAGUUACCUCAUCACCGACACCGUGUACGAAAAAGUGCCAGAGAUCAAAGACUACAAAGUCGGUAUCCUACAGCUGUUUGUGCAGCACACCAGUUGCGCAUUGAGUUUGAACGAGAACUGGGAUGAGGAUGUUCGCGACGACAUGUCCGACGCCCUCGACCGCAUCGCCCCAGAAGACCGCAAAGGAAACCUCUACCGCCACUCUGCAGAAGGACUCGAUGAUAUGCCUGCACACAUCAAGUCUGCAUUAAUCGGUGCUUCGGUCUCUAUCCCCAUCACAAACGGCAAAUUGAACACGGGAACUUGGCAGGGAGUGUGGUUUUUGGAGUUUAGGGCUAGUAAGCAUCAGAGGAAGGUUGUUGCUACUAUUCAGGGCGAGAAGGCUUGA